AUGGGAAAGAAAGGAAAAGUAGGAAAGGAUCGGCGCGAUAAGUUCUACAAACUAGCGAAAGAAUCCGGGUACAGGUCGCGUGCCGCCUUCAAGUUGAUCCAGCUGAAUCGGCGUUUCGGAUUUUUGCAGCAAUCACAAGUAUGUCUCGAUCUGUGUGCCGCCCCGGGCGGUUGGAUGCAAGUGGCCAAGCAAAACAUGCCAGUUUCCAGCAUUGUAAUCGGUGUGGAUCUGCACCCGAUCAAGAAUGUACCGGGUUGUAUCAGUCUUAUCGGGGAUAUUACAAGCGACAAAACUAAGGCAGAUUUGGCUAAGGAACUGAAGACCUGGAAAGUGGACGUUGUGCUGAACGAUGGUGCUCCGAAUGUGGGUAAAAAUUGGCUGCACGAUGCAUACCAGCAGGUCUGUUUGACGCUUAGCGCUGUGAAGUUGGCGACACAUUUCUUGCGACCGGGCGGAUGGUUCAUCACGAAGGUGUUCCGCUCGAAGGAUUACAAUGCGUUGAUCUGGGUACUGAAGCAGCUGUUCCGCAAGGUGCAUGCCACCAAACCGUCCGCAUCGCGUAAGGAGUCCGCUGAAAUCUUCGUCGUGUGUCAGUACUUUAAGGCGCCGGAUAAGAUUGAUCCUCGCUUUUUGGAUUCGAAGUACGUGUUCGAAGAGUUGGACAUUCAGUCAACGGACAUUUCGUCGAGUAACAUUCUUAAAGAUUUGGAGCGUAAGACGGCCAAGAAGCCGAAGGUGGAAGGAUACGAUGGUAUGGAUGUGAGGAAGAUCGUCACCGCGCUGGAGUACAUGCAGAACGAUAAACCACUGGCCCUGUUGAGCCGGGUAACGGAAAUUACUUUCACAGCCAAGGAUGAGGCGAUUGCAAACCACCCCCGUACGACCACAGAACUGAAGGAAUGUUGCAAAGACAUUAAGAUUCUUGGGCGUAAGGAUAUAAAGGAACUGUUGCGCUGGCAUAAAUUGUUAAGCCCAGAGUUUGUAAAAUCGAGCGAUGAGAAGCCGGACGACAAUAAAAAGAAAGGCGAAGGCAAGGAUGGUUCGAAGGAUGAUGAUGAGACGGAUGUGGAUGAGGACAUAGUGGAGUUGAAACAGAUUGAAAAAGAAAUUGCCUCCCUGCAGGUUGAAGAGGAACGUAAUUCGAAGCGAAAGCGCAAGAAGACUAACAAGGAGCGUUCGAAAUUGAACGAGAAGCUUAGCCUCAAGAUGGUCAUCAAGGGUGACGCAGGACCGACUGAACAGGGUGAGGAUUUAGUGUUCUCGCUAAAGGAUGUUGGUACCAAGCAGCAGCUGGAGAGCAUGCUCGACCAACCUCCCGAUACUGUGGUGGAGGAUGAAGAAAUGUCGGACGAUGAAAGUAAAGACGAUAGGUACAUACGGUAUGAUCGUGAAACGAAGGGGGAUCUGUUUGAGGAUGAUACACUGCUUGCCAAAACAGCCGACAGCGAUUCGGAAAUAGAUUCGGAUUUCGACGAGAAAGGAUUGGCAAUGGGCUCUGAUGAGGGAGAAUUGAGCUUCGAAGAGGAUGAAGAUUAUAAGGAUCCCUCGGAUGAUGAAGAUCGCAAUCCGUUGAUAACCGAUCUGGACUAUCGGAACAAAGCGGACAAGCGAGUCCAGCGGGCACAGCUGUGGUAUGAGCAGGAUGCUUUCAAAAAGCAUAACCUUGAUACGAACGAUGAAGAGGUGGAUUUCGAUUUGGACAAGUUGAUCGAGGCGUACAAGAAGUCCGGCGUGAAGGUACUCGGUGCGGAGAAGGAUGAAAAGAGUAAGGAACCGCUUGGCAAAAAGGCACGCCGACGAGCAAAGCAUGACUUGGACAAGACGGAGUCGAGCGAUAACGAAACGAGCAGCUCUUCGGAUGAGGAAGAAGAUCCACUGGAGGCGAAGGUGGGCACGAUAGUACACAAGAUGGUCGAAACAGUCGGCGACAAGAAAAGUGGAUUUGAGAUUGUUUCCUCGGAAAAGGUGCGCAAGCAGAAAAAGGUCAAACUAAGCGAAGAGGAGCUGGCGCUGGGACAGAUGCUAAUCACGGGAAAGAAGAUGCGCCGUGAUAUCAUUGAUUCCGCGUUCAAUCGGUAUAUGUUCAAUGACGCCAAUCUGCCGGAUUGGUUCGUGGAAGAUGAGCUGAAUACGAUGAAACGGCAACUGCCCGUACCGGAUGAGGUGGUUGACCAGUACCGCAAAUCGAAGGAUGAGUUUAACGUACGCACGAUCAAAAAGGUAAUGGAAGCGAAGGCGCGCAAAAAGCGACAUCUAACGAAGCGUUUGGAGAAGAUCAAGAAAAAGGCGGAAACGAUCAUGGAGAACGUGGACAACUCGAACCAGGAGAAGGUUCGUCUGCUGAAGAAGCUCUACAAAAAGGCGGACGCAAAGAAGAAGGAUGUGACGUACGUCGUGGCGAAGAAGACGGGCGUUAGUGGCAAGAAGGUGCGCCGUCCGAAGGGUGUGGAAGGCCGGUUUAAGGUAGUCGAUCCUCGCAUGAAGAAGGAUCGCCGGGGCGAAAUGGCGAAAGACAAACGUUCCAAGAAAUUUGGCAAGGGUUCUGGUAAAGGCAAGGGUAAAGGAAUGGCAAAGGGAAAGGCAAAAGCUGGCGUAGGUCGACAGAAGUGA